UUCCCUCUACUUUAUUCUGUGUGCUAAUGAUCUGAAAAGACCAUAAGAACAUCAAUAUAUGGCUUAAAUCUAUGGUUGAAUGAUGAGUCAUCAGAUAUGUAUGUUCUCACAAUGAAUGAUUAAUGAUCACACAAAUGCUUCCUGCACCAUUAACCAAUCAAUGAGAAAAUUGGCAGUGUUGAUUCAUUCCAAGCACACCACAAGCUAAUCUUCAUUACUGUUCUUAAUCCAUGCUUCAAUUCUGCACAAGUAGUUUAAAUUUCAGAUUUGUGGCACCCAUUGGCAUCACAGAUUGCAAGAGAAGCCAACAAGCAGAGCUCUUCUGCAAUCCCUGCACACUCUGGCAGAAACCAGCCAGUAGCAAGCGGCCUGUAAGGAUUGCCUUGAAAUGGGGCGCAAGACAUGGGAGAAGCCGAAGGCGAAGCAUAGGAAAGGGUUGUGGUCGCCGGAUGAGGACCAGAGGCUGAGGGAGCACAUCCUUGAGCAUGGCCAUGGCUACUGGAGUUCAGUUCCUGCUAAAUCUGGCUUGCAUCGAAGUGGAAAGAGCUGCAGGUUGAGGUGGAUCAAUUACCUGAGGCCAGGACUCAAGCUGGGUGUUUUCUCUCAAGAGGAAGAGGAAACAGUGAUGAAACUUCAUGCCAUUUUGGGCAACAAGUGGUCUCAGAUAGCAAUGCAUCUACCAGGAAGAACUGACAAUGAAGUGAAGAACCAGUGGAACACCUACCUCAAGAAGAAGGUGGCAAAGGCUGAUGGAUCAUCUUCUCAUGCCUCCAUGAGCAAAUCUCUGGACUCAGACAUCCAGUUCUUGAAACCGAAACAAUUAUCGGGUGACAAUAAUAGCCAAAUCUCACUCUCAGAAUCAUUUUCUGUGAGUCAGUGCCAAUCAACAGUGGCCAGAGUGAAACUUCUACCUCCUUUUCCCAAAGUUCUAUUUGCAGACUGGCUACCAUUGUUCAAUGACAGUGACCAGAGCUCAUCAUCUGUGGGUGGUGGGAGAAAUUUCGAGCAUGAUUCUACCUCAAAUUCUGAUGUCCUUAGUUCUGAAUUUUUGCAAUUUGGAAUGGCAUCUACUGGUUAUUUUCCUCAUGAAUUUGAAGAAACAAGCAUCCGUGGAGGAUUUCAGCAGCAGUUUGAGCCUGUAGAACAGAUUCCAGAAGUCAGUUUCCAUGAUCCCUUAUCCUUCAGUGAAACUUACACUGAUCUUGAGCUGAACUAUGACAUGUUUACUGACCUAUAAGGAAGGUUAUGUCUGUCUGUGAAUUAGAGCAAGAUAUCACAGAUAAGCAUAUACAUGAAUUAAUGCAUUAUUCUGUACAGGUGCUCCUAUGAUGGGGAAGAACAUUUCUUGUUUCA